GGAUAUACGGUCCGGUAAACGUCUGCUGCCGGUUCGCGGUGACUGUCCGUUCGUCAACCAUCAGUGUAUGUGCGCGCGUGUGUGCAUAGUUUGUACGUUCUUUCCCCCAUCGUGCUCGCAUUAUUUCACUGUAUCCUCGCCGGACAACACACGGUAUUCCUGACUGCAUAGCUCUGGCGUAGGCCGCUGUUUGCUCUAUCGUUGCUGUUGCUCUGGGGAACUCCGACACACGAGAAGAAAGACAAAACAGAAUGGAACAAGUGGUCUGGGUUCCGGAACCUAAGGAGGGUUUCGUCCUAGCCACGAUCAUGGACUUGGGUAUGGACGAAGUGACUGUUCAGCCGAUGGGAGCGUCCAGAACCCGUUUAACGUUACCGUUAGAUCGAGUGUAUACAGCCGAUCCCCAUUUCGACAGCAAGGAUGUCGACGAUAAUUGUUCCUUAAUGCAUUUAAAUGAAGCUACUCUAUUGAACAAUGUUAAAAUACGAUACUCAAAGGACAAAAUUUAUACCUAUGUUGCGAACAUUUUGAUCUCCAUCAAUCCUUAUAUUGAUAUAAAAAAUCUUUACUCAAAAGAAGUCAUGGAAAAGUACAAAGGGAAGUCCCUUGGAGUUUUGCCACCUCACGUAUUCGCCAUAGCCGACAAGUCAUUUCGAGAUAUGAAAGUAUUGAAACAAUCUCAGUCUGUUAUUGUAUCGGGUGAAUCUGGAGCAGGAAAAACCGAAUCAACAAAACAUCUGUUACGUUACUUAUGUUAUCAAUGGGGAUCAACUAAUGGACCGGCUGCCGAUCAAAAGAUUUUGGACGCAAAUCCUGUAUUAGAAGCAUUUGGAAAUGCUAAAACAACACGUAACAACAAUUCAUCGCGUUUUGGAAAAUUCAUGGAAGUACAUUUUGAUAGUUCGUGUUUAGUUGUGGGAGGAUACAUUAAUCAUUACUUAUUAGAGAAAUCUAGAGUCUGCAUACAGAGUUCAGAGGAACGUAAUUAUCAUGUUUUCUAUUUACUGUGUGCUGGAGCAACGCCAGAAAUACGAUCUAAACUAUCACUUGCCAAUCCGGAUUCAUUUAACUAUUUAAAAAAAGGCUGUACUCAAUAUUUUACCGAUAACCAAACUAGUAAUAAAUUAGAGAGCUAUCAAAAAAGUAAAUUACAAAACAAACAAGGAGGUCUUAAAGAUCCUAUGUUGGACGAUGUUAAAGGAUUUGCUACAAUGGAUGAGGCUUUGAGCAGACUUGGGUUGUCCAGUAAAGAAAGAUGUGAUAUUUACACUAUAGUAGCAGCUGUUUUACAUUUAGGAAAUAUUGAAUUCGAGGAAAAUCUGGAAAGUACUAAAGGAGGUUGUAAAGUAACUAAUCAGGCAGAAAAAAGUUUAUCUAUUGUUGCUGAUUUGUUGUCUGUAAAUGUCGACGAGCUACGACAAGCAUUAAUCACCAAAGUGAUGAUGACUAAUCGAGGCGGUCUUAAAGGAACUGUUAUUAUGGUACCUUUGAAAUCAUAUGAAGCAAAUAACGCACGAGAUGCUUUAGCUAAAGCUAUAUAUGGUAAAUUAUUUGACCAUAUUGUCAACAGAAUUAACUCGAGUAUUCCAUCGAAAGCAUCUAGCUACUAUAUUGGUGUAUUAGAUAUUGCUGGAUUUGAGUAUUUUACAAUUAAUAGUUUUGAGCAAUUCUGCAUAAAUUAUUGCAAUGAAAAACUUCAGCAAUUUUUCAAUGAGCGUAUUCUUAAAGAAGAACAAAUGCUGUAUGAACGUGAAGGUUUAGCAGUUAAAAAGAUAGAAUUUGUUGAUAAUCAAGAUUGUAUUGAUUUAAUUGAAUCCAGAAAUGGCGGUAUAUUCAAUUUGUUGGAUGAAGAAUCUAAAUUGCCAAAACAAAGUAGUGAACAUUUUACUACAGAAGUGCACAAACGUUGGCAAGGUCAUUUUAGACUUGCACUGGCUAGAACUUCAAAACUUAAGGCGCAUCGUGAAAUACGAGACGAUGAAGGUUUUAUGGUCAGGCAUUUUGCUGGUGCAGUCUGCUAUCAAACGGGUCAAUUUAUUGAUAAAAACAAUGAUGCUCUCCAUGCCAACUUGGAAGGUCUCGUUCAAGAGAGUAACAACCCAUUUCUGCAAAGCUUGUUUGCGUCUAGUACUUUAGGGACGGCUAAGGGUAAACUCAACUUUAUAAGUGUAGGAUCUAAAUUCAAAAGCCAAUUGGCCGAACUAAUGGAAAAAUUAAGGAGUACAGGUACAAAUUUUGUUCGUUGCAUUAAACCAAACGAUAAAAUGGUCGAUCACAUGAUUGAUGGUGGAUCGAUAUUAUCACAACUUCAAUGCUCCGGAAUGACGAGUGUACUAGAGCUGAUGCAACAAGGAUUUCCAUCUCGUGCUCCAUUUCAACAACUCUAUGAUAUGUACCGACAGAGGUUGCCGCCAAAACUCGUUAAACUCGAUCCUAGAAUAUUUUCAAAGGCGUUGUUCAGAGCAGUUGGCGUCAAUGAAGGUGAUUAUAAAUUUGGUGUCUCAAAAGUGUUCUUCCGUCCUGGUAAAUUUGCUGAAUUUGAUGCUAUCAUGCAUUCUGAUCCUGAAAAUUUAAAGCAAAUGAUAGAUAAAGUACAAAAAUAUUUAACAACUUUACAUUGGAAACAAUCACAAUGGUGUGCUUUAGCUGUCAUCAAGCUCAAAAAUAAAAUAUUGUACCGGCAAAAAAAUCUAAUCACUAUUCAGAAAAAUGUACGAAUGCAUUUAUCUAAAACCAAACAUCGCCCCAGGUACAUGGGAAUAAAAAAAAUCAACAGUCUUAAGACAAUUUUAAAUGAAAUGGAAACAUUAGCAAACCAAAUAAAAAAAGAUAAUGCUGUUUAUAUAGCUGAUGCUCAAAAAUUAAGAUCGGAAUUUGAUUACGCUAUUCAAAAUAUUAGGUCUAAUGAAAACAUAAAAGCCACUGAAAUAAAUGAAACCUACAACAAUUUAGUGAAAGCAGCUAAUACACAAAUGGAAAGUUUAAGGAAAAAAGCUGAUGCUGAAAGAAGUGCUGAAGCUGAAAAAAAAAGAAUGGCCAAAUUACAAAUGGAAAUGGAAAGGGUUAAAGCAGCUAAAGAUAAAGAAGAAAAUGCUAAAUUGGAAGAUGAAAAAAUUAGACAACAGAAAAUUGAAAUUGAACAAAGACGCAAAGCUGAAGAAGAAAUACAUAAAAAUGAUAUUUUUCUCAGUCAAGAAGAACUUGAAAAAGCUGCAUUGGCUGAAAUUAAAUUUAGAGAACAAAUGGAACAAGAGCGGCGAGAUCAUGAGUUGGCCUUAAGACUUGCAAAAGAAACUAAUAGCUUUGUUGAAGAUAUUUCUAAUACAUAUGCAAAGAAAACAACAACAGUCGAACCGUCUAGCAAGUAUGAUUUAUCAAAAUGGAAGUAUUCAGAACUUAGAGACACAAUAAACACUUCUUGUGAUAUUGAGCUACUAGAAGCUUGUAGAGUAGAAUUCCAUCGUCGACUCAAGGUAUAUCAUGCCUGGAAAGCAAAGAAUAAGAAACGAUCUUACAUGGAUGAAAAUGAAAGAGUUCCCCGUUCCAUAAUGGAUACUGCUAAUCAGUCAAAGAGUGUUAAACAUUUACAAAAUGUCAAGGCUCAGCCUAUUGUGCCAACGAGUAGCCAACGUUAUUUCCGCAUACCGUUUGUACGUUCGAAUACUCCGACAAGACCAAGUUCAGGAGGUGCCGAUCAACAUCGCGGUUGGUGGUACGCCCACUUUGAUGGUCAAUAUGUAGCUAGACAAAUGGAACUACAUCCUGAAAAACCAGCUAUUCUACUUAACGCCGGGCAAGACGACAUGCAAAUGUGCGAACUGAGUCUGGAUGAAACAGGGUUGACCCGCAAGAGAGGGGCUGAAAUACUGGAAAAUGAGUUCAAUAAAGAAUGGGAAAAACAUGGCGGUAAACCGUACACGAGUAAUAAGGUUAAAAAAUAAAUUUCAAAUUUGAAAACCUAUUAAUAAAAAUAUUAUAUGCUUGGUAAAACUUGCUUCGUUUCUAAAACUGUGUAAACAUCUUAAAUUCACAUUCCAUAUUAUAUUUUACAAUUAUUACUUUAAUAUUUAAUUUUGUUCCUAAAAUUAUAUCCCACAAUACGAAAAUCAAGAAUUUCGUUUUGGGGGAGGGAUAAAGCUUAGUACACAAAUUUGUAUGCAUUUUAAGAGUUACGAUCAUAUUAUUAAAUAUGACUUUGUCUCAUAACUUAAAGUGCCACUUUUUGUUAUGAAUGAUAGCUACAUUUAAAAAAAAAAAAAAAUGUUUUUAAAACCACAAUUGAAACAUUUGCUUUACUGUUACGUAUUCUAGUAACAAUUUAAGUUUGUUGCACUAUUGAGUUAUGAAAAAAUAUGUUCAUGCUGUUAUUGUUUAUAUAUGUUUAAUGCCACCACUAACUACUAAACAAAUUAAUUAUUAAAUGUUUUUUUUUUUUUUUUUUAAUAAAUUUAUUGCACUAAAAAUUAUUACGUUUAUAAAUUGUUGCAAAUUACAAAAUAUAAUAUUAUUAAUCUGUGAUAAGUAUUUGAGAGUUUAAAAAAAAAGUUUUUCUUUUUAUAUUUUAUUAUUUAGUUGGUGUAAGAACUAAUUAAUUGUGUACAAUAUUGAUAGGCUAAUUUAUGGGUAAUACAAA